CUUUAUGAGACACCGUACCGGACUAUCACACUGUUAAGCAGAGCUUAGAGAGAGGAGCUCACUUUGCUGUUGACAGAACUGCAUUAAAGCCAAACCCAGAGGAAAUCAGAGGAUCAUAAUCAAAAUGUGGAAGAAAACAAAAGUGUCUGAUCCGACCGCAACAGGUCAAGUGGGCAUCAAAAAGAAAUCCAAAGUCCCGGGAGUCAUGAUCACACAGUUUAUAGAAGAAAUCCCUGAGGGAAAGAGCCAUCCGGAUUUCACCCGAAAACCUAUAGCUCUCACGAUUCAAGAAGGUAAACUGGCUAUUUUCAAAGCAAUUGUAGUAGGUGAUCCCGCUCCUGCUAUAACAUGGGCCAGAAACAACGGUGAUAUUUCAGAUCCAAAGAAAUAUCAAACCAAGUUUGACCCAAAUUCUGGUGAACACACUAUUGAGAUGCCAAAUGUUUCUCCAGACCAAGCAGACACCUACAAAUGUUUUGCAACUAACGAAUUUGGAAAGGCUAUGGUCACUGUUAUACUGAACGUCAUUGAAGUGGGAUUCAAAAAGAACAAAGCAAACCAGGAGACCACUGCAACAGAUCCAAAUGAGCUCAAGGCUGUCCUGAAAAGAAAAAGUAAGGUUCGUCCGAAAACCGAAUCAAGAAAAGAUGGUGAAAUUGACCCAAAGUUCUGGGAGAUUUUGCUGAGUGCCGAUAAGAAAGAUUAUGAGCGCAUCUGUGCAGAAUAUGGGGUGACUGACUUCCGCUGGACGUUGAAGAAACUGAAUGAGAUGAAAAGAGAGAGAGAACAAGAGCAAGCAGAGUUCAUCAAGAGCAUUUCCAACCUCAAACACAUUGAUGUGAAUCCUGAUGGAUCUGCUUCUUUUGAACUUGAUCUCAACCUUCUAGAUGCCAGCAGCAGAAUUUUCAUCUACAAGGAUGGCGAGAUGAUUCCAUAUUCUCGAGAUCUUGAAACGGAUAUGAAACACGACCUGAAUCAAGUUGGCAGGAAAUACAUCUUCACAAUUAGAGACCUCGUCCCAGAAGAUGCUGGCCUUUACCAGUUAGACGUAGAAGACAUCAAUGUGUUCUCCACUGAAUUUAAGAUUCCAAUGGUGGACUUUCUAGUCAAGUUAACAGACGUGAAAGCCAUGGAGAGGGAGGAUGCCAUUUUUGAAUGUGUCCUCUCCAAACCCUUAUCUAAAAUCAUGUGGGUCGGAAAGAACAAUCGAUUAGAACAGGGAGACAAAUAUGACAUCACCGUGUCCGAAGACAAACUGAUCCACAGGCUGCGGGUGAAGGACUGUAUGCAGGUGGAUAAAGGAAUCUAUGCGGCUGUGGCUGGAAUCAAAUCCAGUAAUGCCUGGCUGAUAGUGGAAGCUGACAACAAUCUAAAUACUAAGGGCAAAAAGAAACCCCGAAAAACAACCCAAGCCGGAGGGGCAGGUGUUGACCUGUCAAAGAUCGCUGCAGAACAGCAGGUCAAGCUACAGAAGGAAAAAGAUGAGAGAAUUGCGGCUGUCAAAACAGCCAGAGCUGAGAAAGAGGCAGCAGGUGCGGUGGACAACAGCGGUGGUUCUGCAUCUUCUCCUGGAGAUAGUUCUAGAGCAGAGAAAGAGGUCAGGAAAGAUGACUCCGGAGACUCUAGAGACACUGGAAACACUGGAGACACUGGGCUGGUGGGGAAUGUAACAGACACUAGAGGAAAAGACACAGGGAAAGGAUUUUCAGGGGAGAAAAUGUCAAAAAGUGGAGGUGUGACUACAGGUUCGGAUGAAGGCCUGCUGUCUGGAGACUCAAGCGGUAUGAAAUCAGGAGACCUUGCCAGUAACUUAAGCGCCAGCAAAUCCAAUAAGGAUGGGAAGAAGUUGUCUUCUGAUGAUAAAGCAAGCAUAUCUAAAGAUGGAGGUACACAAAAGUCAGCAACAGAAAGCAGCAAAGAUUCAGACUCAGGACAGAAUCAGGUUGAAGUGAUUGAGUGCAAGACUGAUGCCAUGACAACAGCUGGAGAUCUUCCUAAAUUUGACCCUGACGACCUACAUAAGUUCUCCAAAAAUGUGGUGGUUAAAGUUGGCCAGACUGCUUCCUUUAAAAUGCCAUUACCUCCUCAAGACCCGACAGAGAUCAGCUGGUUUAAGGAUGGCAUUGAGCUUUUUGAUGGUGGCAGCAUAAAAGUAGUAAAGGAACUAACCCAGAGCCGUCUUCAGAUAAAAGACUGCCUGCGAUCCGACUCUGGGGAAAUUAAGAUCCGACUUAAAAACCCUUUUGGUACUGCGGAGGCCUUCUCUAGGCUUACUGUGGUCGACAAACCAGGCCCACCACAAGGCCCAGUAGAAGUGAUUGACAGCUCAUCUUCUGUCAUUGAACUAAAAUGGAAGCCACCAAGUGAUACUGGUGGCUCUGAAGUGACAAACUACCUAGUCGAGCGUCAGCAGGUAGGGCAGAGUAUGUGGAAGAAAGUGUGGGAUUGUUCAGCCGACCGCCUGUCCUUUCGAGACAGAAACGUUUCCCAUGGCAAGAAGUACAAAUACCGAAUCUAUGCUGAGAACCCUGAGGGUAUCAGUGAACCUCUGGAGACGGAAAGCAUCAUGGCUGGAACUCUAAUUUACCCUGGUCAACCCGCCCCUCCUAAGGUGGACAGCGCUUUCAAAAACUGUAUCAACCUAACAUGGACUCCACCUGAGAAAGAUGGAGGAACCAAAAUACUGGGCUACCUGCUUGAGAAAUGCAAGAAAGAUACAAACCAGUGGGUGACUCUAAAUUCAGUUAAGGACCCUAUUCCAGCUCUGAAGUAUGCAGUGAAGGAUGUCUCUGAAGGGUCAGAGUAUGAGUUCAGAGUAUCAGCCAUUAAUAUAUCUGGGCCUGGAGAACCCAGCGCUCCCUCUGCGAUGGUCUGCGCUAAAAACCCCAACAUCAAGCCCCGCUUCAAAGAUCCUGUAGACUUCAUGGUUGUAAGAGCAGGAAAUUCUAUCAGAAUCAAAGUCGAUUAUGAGGGCUCACCACAACCUGACAUCACAUGGCUGAAAAAUGAUGAACCUGUGUCCCCCUGGGUCAACAUCAUUAAUGUUGAGGACUCGUCCACACUUGUCAUCCCCUCGUCAAAUUAUUCAGACUCAGGUGUUUACACAAUCAUGGCAAAGAACUCGAGUGGACAGUCCAGCUUUGACAUAGAGGUCAGAGUGGCAGAUGAACCAAAGCCUCCAGGCCCAGUGGUGCUAGAACAGGUUGUUUAUGGCAAAGUCAUCAUUACAUGGGCUCCGUCUCCAGAUCAGGAGAAGGAUGAUCGACUGCACUACAUGGUGGCAGAACGUGAUUCUAACACACGUGUUUGGCGCACAAUUGCCGACCGUCUGUUUUGCAACACUUACACUACCUCUGUCCAACCUGGUCGUGAAUACCACUUCAGAGUCUAUGCAAAAAAUGAUAUGGGACUUUCUGAUCCCUCUAAAUCACCAACAUGGGGUGUUAAUGAGCUGAGAGUGCCACUAGUCACAAGCUUACCAGCUAAGAUAACAUUUGAGAGACCACCUUCCAUCUCAGUUCCACUGAAAAUCCACAGUCCACCACAGGGUUAUCAGGUGUACAUGACCUGUGCUGUCCGCGGCUUCCCCACACCACACGUUGCGUGGUACCUCAACAACGUCUGCAUCAACUCCAACAACAGCUACUACAUCACAAAUGCAUAUGGCGUCUGCUCUAUGUACAUCCUCAGAGUUGGGCCAGAACAUAGUGGUGAAUACAAAGUGGUGGCGGUCAACUCAUUCGGCAAAGCAGAAUGUUCCACCAAACUCAGAGUGAGAGAUUGAAAUUCAGCACACUGACAGCCAGGUAGCUUGUGUACUGCAAACAUAAAAAGUAAAUUAUUUUAAGUAAAUUAUAGCUGCUUUGGAACAAUAUGCAUUGCGAAAAGCACUACAGCACUGGCAUAAUCAGCCUCAGCCUCAGCCAUCAGCCUAUCGCUAUUUGUGAUAUUUUAUUAGAUAAAACCAGAUUUACUAUCUGCAUAUUAGCGCUGUGAUAGCUGUAAUACUUGAAGGCGAGCUGUGUUUAU